ACUCGAUUUACGCUGCAUUCUGGGUAAUACAGAACGAAUGACGACUCACAGGAACUGGGAAUAUAAAAGAAAACGGGUUUCAUGUGCUGCAGGGCGAGCGGCAUUCCCCAAGUGACUGUAUGCCUGCAACACGCAUUGUUUUGAUGACAUGUAACAUAAACGGCAUUAUUACUUCUCCAGUCACUCGGACGGUAGCUGAACGGACCAACCAUGGCCAACGAAAAUGUGAGCGUGAUCUUCAAAGUGUACUGUCUCACGGUGAUGACACUGGUGGCAGCGACCUACACAGUGGCACUGCGGUACACCAGGACCAUUUCAACUGAGGAGCUUUAUUUCUCCACAACUGCAGUGUGCAUCGCCGAGGUCAUUAAGUUAGUGCUGAGCUUGGGGAUGCUCACAAAGGAAACGGGAAGUCUCGUCAAACUAAAAGCCACCAUACAGGAACACAUCUUCUGCAGCCCUAAAGAACUGCUAAAACUCAGCGUGCCUUCGGUGGUGUAUGCAGUUCAGAAUAAUAUGGCUUUCAUCGCCCUGAGUAAUCUGGAUGCAGCAGUUUAUCAGGUCACCUAUCAGCUGAAGAUCCCGUGCACAGCCUUGUGUACAGUGUUCAUGCUGAACCGCUCUCUCAGCCGGCUGCAAUGGUUUUCCGUCUUUAUGCUCUGUGGAGGCGUUUCACUGGUUCAGUGGAAACCCGCGGAGGCCACUAAAGUUGAGGUUGAACAGAAUCCUAUUAUUGGGUUCAUUGCCAUUGCAGUUGCUGUCCUUUGCUCUGGUUUUGCAGGUGUGUACUUUGAGAAAGUGUUGAAGAGCUCAGAGACAUCCCUGUGGGUGAGAAACAUUCAGAUGUACCUGUCCGGCAUAGUGAUCACCUUGAUCGGUGUUUACAUGACUGAUGGAGAGAGGGUCAUGGAGAAAGGAUUCUUCUUUGGUUACACACCUUGGGUGUGCUUUGUAGUAUUCCUGGCCAGUGUAGGUGGCCUGUACACGUCAGUGGUAGUGAAGUACACAGAUAACAUCAUGAAAGGCUUUUCUGCUGCAGCUGCGAUUGUCCUCUCAAUGGUGGCAUCUGUAAUCUUGUUUGGACUACAAAUAACUAUGACGUUUGCCCUUGGAGCAUUCCUUGUCAUCAUUUCCAUAUACCUGUAUGGACUUCCAAAGCAAGACACAUCCAGAUUAACCCGGAAGGAUACAAAUUUAGAAGACAAACAGAAACUAAUUUCUGUGUGAGGUGCUGACUGACAUCAGACAUUUGUAUGCUGGACCAGGAUGGAGGAAGCCUUUCCUCAUUUGAGGUUAGAGUUGGAUCUGCUUCGUGUCGACGUCAUCAGAUAGAACUGUGAACUGAGUCUCUGAAAUUUUUUUUUUUUUUUUUUUGUUUUAAUCACUUCAGUGUUGUCUCGUUAUGAAGGUAAUUUUACAGCUUUUAUUAGCAGAGAAGUGUGUUUUUUCUGAAUACAGACUAGACCCAAUCCUAUAGACUAGCAUAAUUUUAUUUUGACAAUAUAAGGCUCUGUUUUUAGAAUACAAAUCAACAAUAGUUGCAGCACUGAAAAGAACACUGAUACACACCGAUGGAGUUUUUACAUUUUGUUAACUGGUGUGAUGCCCAGGAUUCUCAUCCCGUUGGCCAGGACUGAGCAUGCUCCGCUGAACAGUCGUAACCUUGCCUGUGGACAUGAGGAGAAUGAAGCCGUUUUCAAGUUGCAAAACUGUUGUAUUAAGUUUGUAUUUUAAAAAAAAAAAAAACCUGCCAAAAUAUGUGAAGCUACUGUGUUGAUCCCUUGAUAAUAAGGUAGCAGCCAAAAGUAGCUUUUUACACUUUAACAUUUGUCAGGCUUACAAUUGCACUGACAAACUUAAGUAUCUGCCACUGAUAUUAGUAAAGACCAUCUAUCUUGUCAUUAUGCUGAUAUCUGUAAGCAGUGCUCCUACUAUUAAACAGAAAUUAUAUUGGCUGACCAAUGUUUUCUACAAGCAAACACAAUGUUUGAUUAGUCAAGAGUCCCGUGAGGGGUAAGGCAUCUUUAACUUUGUCCAAAUUUCUGCUUUGAACCCCACUAAUAAGCACUUCUGUUAUUCAUUUUCAUGUAAUUUUCUUGGUAUAAAUCUCUUGGGUAUUCCUGCCAGAAUGUAGCUAUAAUUAAUUUUGUAGACCUUUUAAAAUCUUGAAAAAUUUCCGAAACAGUUAAAUCAGACAGUAAAUGCCCCUCAACCUGUCACCUCCUCAGUACAAAGCUUGUGGUGCAUGUGACUGUGCUAAUUUGGUGAUUUCAGACAAUGUCCCAACUGGUUUCUCUUAACAUGUUCAUGUGUGAGAAGAAAAGGUUGUUGCGUAAGAAAUUAUAUAACAAUGCAUUAAAAGGCUAUACAAAAAUCCA